AGUAAAAUUCAGAACCCGAUUUCGGGUAUGUUAAGGGGUAGUGGAGAAAGUACUUGUAUAAGUGAUGCUCAGGGUAGAUUGGACGAUUUAGAUAGAGGGCCCCACUUUGACAAUUUAGGUAGUUCUGGAGAUAGAGAAAGUAACUCCCGACCAACAAAUGGCAAUGUCCGGGAAAGAAGGUCCCAAUUUAAUGAUUUGGGUAGUUCUGGGGCUGUAGAGAGUGACUCUCGACCCACAUAUGGUAAUGUUCGGGGAAGAAGGUCCCAGAUUGAUGAUUUGGUUAGUUCUGGGGCUAGAGGAAGUGACUCCCAAAUAACAAAAGGUAAUAUCUGGGAAAGAGGGUCCCAAUGUGAUGAAUUGGGUAGAUUAGGAGCUGGUGAAAGUAAAUUCCGACUUUCGGAGAGAAAUGGUCUGGACACAAAGUCCACGGGAGACAAACUAUCACAUCAGUUUAGGUACAAGGAAAUAACCCAAGACCAAACAUGUGAUGAACGUGCCAUAAGAGAGAGGCCAGCUACUGUGGCACAAGUAAUGGACAAAUUGACUUGCUUGUGCCGAGGGUCUAAACCCAUAAAGAAGGUGUCAGCAGAGAAAAGCGUAGCUGCGGUCGCUCAAAUGUCCCAAAGUAAGAUGCUUGAACUCUCAAACAUAUCCAGACAUAUUGGACUAGAUUAUUGGAACUGGGAGAGAGUAAAAUCAAAGGAUGACAGAUUCCGAGUCUUUGGAAGGGAGCCCAAAAAGGUCAUGGAAAGAAACAGAACGGAUAAUUCCAAUUAAUCCCGAUGAUAUUGUACGGGAAAUGGAAACCUUAUGUUCUCGCAAAGUACAGAUGCCAUCUGCCAAAUUAUUGAUCUUUCAAUUAGGUUUGGUCAAGGACCAA